AUGUGGAUGCGUCAUACACGAGACCCCACCGUCCCCACCCAUCUCCAACGACCAGCUCUCCCACCAAUCCCAUCCACAGCCAUCCCCAACAAGCGAGCACUUCAGCAAGUAUUUAUACAAGGGGAUUCUUCUGCUGGUGCUUUCAUCUUGCCACCUGCAAAGUCGAAAGAGCCUCAGCAAGGACCACACUCCAGCUUAGACUUGUAUCCAGGACAUCACAAAAGAACAGAUCUGGGUAGAGAGAUACAACCGCCUGAUCAGCAACUUCAUAAAGCCCUUUCCCAACCUACUCCCUUUCCUGAUGUGGAGAUCCCUGUGCCUGUCCAGCACCAUGAACUUCAGCAUCAGGAACCACGCACUUCCUGCCGCAAGAAAAUGAGUACCACCAGAGGUUCAGCAAAAGUGGGAACAGCAAAGAAAAUCAGAAGAUAUCAUACUUAUGACUCAUGGAUAAACAAUUCCAAAACUCUUGAUGAAUCGCAGCUCUUGGAUACUCCCAUUUUACCUACUGCAAAGGACGCGAUAUGGGCUUUGGUGGUGGCCCUCAACAGCCACCAAAGGACAAAUGAAGCUCUUGGCCGAACCUCCAGUCCGGGCUCCCCUCUGACAGUUCAAGCUCUAAAGGCCUUAGUGGCCAAGGAGAAGCCUGAUUUACUAUUUUUGAUGGAGACCAAGAAUCAAGAGACGGUUAUCAUUCAGCUUAAACAGUGUUUGAAAUUCAGUAAUUACCAUGUGCUCGAUCAUGUUGGACUCGCUAGCGGACUUGCUAUGCUUUGGCAUGAUGACAUUGUAAUCCAUAUAGAGCGAGUGUCUCAGCACUUUUUUGACACUACCUGUACGGAUACUCGUUUAGGGACUCCUAUGCGCCUCACUUGUGUCCAUGCUCCAGCAACUUAUCAUUCUAGACAGCAACUAUGGACGGAUCUUCGCCUAAUAGUGCUUUCAAAUAUUCUACCCUGGGUGUGCGCCGGUGACUUCAAUGAAGUUUUGUUUCCUUGGGAAAAGGUGGGCCGACGGGUGGCUGAACCGCAUCGAAUGCAUUCCUUUCGAGAUGUAUUACACGAUUGUUCUCUCAUGGACAUGGACAGCAAGGGUUGCGCCUUCACCUGGAUGAAUAAUCGAGUUGGGGAUGACCUAGUAAAAGAACGUUUAGAUAGAAUGUUGUGCAAUAUGGAAUGGUGUAUUGCUUACCCUAAGGCUGAGGUCUAUGCUCUUCCUCCUGUGAGCUCUAAUCAUAGCCCUCUUUUAUUGACUACUAAUGUAUUACCAGGAAGAUGCCAUAAAAGAUUCAUAUUUGAGUCCUACUGGCUUCAGGAACAAGAAUGCAGCGAGGUGGUUGAAAGAUCCUGGAAUUCUCCACAUGCUAUCAAUUAUAAUCUACCCAAAAGACUACAGGCAAUAGCUACAGCCCUCACCAAAUGGAGUCGUUCGAAAUUCUCACAGGCACUGCAGCAAAUGUUGCACUUGCAGCAGCAACUUCAAACAUAUAUCAAUUCUCCCAACAACUGUGGCGACAAGCAGCUGAUUACAAAUUUGAAGUUGGACAUUCAACUUUUAUGGCAACAAGAGGAACGGCAUUGGGCAAUGAGAUCCAGGAUCAAUUGGCUCAACUGCGGGGAUAAAAACACCAAAUUUUUCCAUGCGACAACGCUACAACGACGACUUCGGAAUAGAAUACGCAUGUUAAGAGAUGACAAUCUUAGCUGGGUUAGGGAUGAUGGCCUUUUGCAAAGUAUGACAAGGCGUUUCUUUUCAGAACUCUACAAAUCUACUGGAACUCGGAAUUAUGAUCCUAUCCUUGCUAAAUGCCCCACUACUAUCAUUAUGGAAAUGAAUGCUAUGUUAACGCCCACUCACCGCAGAAGAGGUCCGCCGAGCCACUUUCCAAAUGGGGGCUACUAA